AUGGAGCCCAAACGAGUGUUGGUCACUGGUGGUGCCGGUUUGGUCGGCCACGGAAUUCGAAUUGCCCUGGAAACUCGGAACUUGACUCUUCCGAACGAGGAAUGGUUUUUUAUCUCGUCCAAAGAAGCUGAUUUGCGAAUCAAGUCCGAGACGGAAGCCCUUUUCGACAAGUACCAGCCGACGCAUGUUGUGCACCUGGCAGCGAUGGUCGGGGGUCUCUUCAACAACCAACGUCGCAAUUGUGAUUUCCUUAGGAACAAUCUGCUCAUCAAUGACUCGGUUUUACGAACUUGCUUCGAAAGAGAUGUCAAGAAGCUGGUGUCGUGUCUGUCGACGUGUAUUUUUCCCGACAAGACAUCGUAUCCUAUUGAUGAAACGAUGAUACAUAAUGGCCCACCGCAUCAAUCCAACUUCGGCUACAGCUACGCCAAGCGACUUGUGGAUAUUCAAAAUCGUGCUUACCAUGAAGACCACGGUUGUAAUUUCACAUCCGUCAUCCCGACGAAUGUUUUUGGUCCGUUCGACAACUUCAACAUCGAGGAUGGACACGUUCUACCUGGACUAAUAAACAAGGCCCGCGCAGCGUCUGCAGCAGCUGCAGCUGGCGAUGAAAACGUCAAACUGGUGGUGUUUGGGUCCGGGAAACCAUUGAGGCAGUUUAUUUAUUCCGUGGAUUUGGGGGAACUGAUGAUACGGGUGUUGAGAGAGUACGAUAGUGUGGAGCCCAUCAUCUUGUCUGAUGGAUUGUCGCAGUUGCGACAAUCUAGUGAUUGGUUUUGA